AUGGCAAGAAAUAUGUGGACUGAGUUCAGCGACUACCAAGAUCGGAUGUACAAGGGCUCUGCCAUUGUUCCUCUUCGUCAACUGGUCGAUCUGGAAGGCAACCACCAAGUAGAUGAAGAGUUCGUCGCCAGGUACCAUGAGACUUGGGGGGGCAGCAUCGACCCCUUGAUGCACGAGAUGAUGGGGUUGCUUCCUGACGAUGAUGGGUUGGACCUCCAAAGUUUUCCUGCAGACAUCCAGGUACAGGUCGUCCAUGGCCAGCACCGAAAGAGGGUGCUGGAAAUGCAUAUAAGGACUCUGCUGCAGCAAGAGCAUGAACUUGCACAUCCUGACGAGGAAGUGUCCUCACAGGAAUUCCUGAUAGAGGCAGUGUAUGCGCAUCCCCGCACAUUUUGGAAGGUGAAGCUCUAUGGGCAAUCUCUUCGAAAGAACCAUGAAGUCAUUCAUGCAUGGGGUGAUCAAGUCGAAGAAUCUGGCACCGGCUACGAUGGAACUGGGUUCAGCCUGGAGGGUGGUGGAGGAGAAGGAGAUGUUGCCGUUGCGGGAUCCCGCAACACACGCACGACACACCCAGCCCCGGAUGACCCGGACGGCCUCGCGGUGCAACCCAGCACGCUGUCAUAUCCGUGCAUACCCAAUCCCGACCUGACUUCCGGACCUCCUCCUUCCCCACCUCCGGAAUCCUACUCCGUUCCGAUAUUCACCUUCGGUCCUGGCACCACACCACCCUUCACCUCCCAUGCCACCUCCACUCCUCCAUCACUCUCCUGUCCUAUCUCCGUCCACUCCGAUAACCACCUCGGACCGAACACCACCCCUCCUCCUACUCCUCCUACUCUUCUCCUGUCCACUCCAAUACCCACCUUCGGACCUGACACCUCUCCUCUCUUCCCUCUCCUCUCUUCCCUCCCCUCUCUUCCCUCCCCUCUCUUCCCUCCCCUCUCUUCCCUCCCCUCUCUUCCCUCCCCUCUCUUCCCUCCCCUCUCUUCCCUCUGGUCCUCUUCCGCUGACCUCCUGCCAAGUUACGACCUUCUGCCGCUGACCCGUACUUCGUACUCAGGCACUGCUCAUACCUUUGCUCUGAGCCUCCGUCAUAGUUCCUACCUCGGACUUUGA